AUGAUCACCAAGAGCUCCACGGAUGAUGAUGCCGCGGCAGCCAACGUUCGAGACGUCCGCGUGGCGGGCGAGGUGAACCGCAUGAUCCAGAGCGAGGUGGAAGCGCUGUACCUGCGUCUGGAGCUGCUGCGUGCACAAUUGCGCUUUCCCUCCUUCGCGCCAGUCAAUCUCCCGAUGGUCUUAGUACUGGGCAACCACUCGUCGGGCAAGAGCACGUUUAUUAACCACAUGCUGGGCCAACGCGUGCAAAAAACGGGACGGGCACCGACGGACUGUACGUUUACGGUACUUGCUGGUGGUGAUCGAGAGGAGCGACUGGACGGGGCAGCGCUCGUGCGACACGCGCAGUAUGGCUUUGGAGACGUGGAGCGGCUGUUUGGUCGGGACUUUGUGUCUCAAGUGGAGCUCAAGGUCGUGGCUGGGAGCCCGUUGCUGGAUGAAGGGGGACUCAUGAUUGUGGACUCGCCCGGGAUGAUCGACCCGCCCGGGGCGUCGCUGGACCGCACGGAUAAGGACCGUGGCUAUGACUUUAAGCAGGUCGUGCAGUGGUUUGCAGACCGAGCAGAUGUGGUCAUCGUUAUGUUUGACCCGGACAAACCGGGUACGACAUUUGAGACGCUGGACGUGCUGACCAAGUCUUUGCAAGGAAUGAGCAGUAAAGUGCUGCUGAUUCUGAACAAAGUCGACGAUUUUCAGACCGUGCACGACUUUGCAAGAGCUUAUGGAGCACUGUGCUGGAACUUGAGCAAGGUCAUUGGGCGUAAGGACUUGCCGUUCAUCUAUACGAUGUACGUACCGCAAGAUAAAAGAGACGCAGUGGGUGGGUCAUUGACGGCUGCGCCGCAGAAGGAAGAGCCGAUGUUUGACGUGCCCAAGAUGCUAGAGCAUGAGUUUGAUGGCAUGCGUGGUGAAGUGAUUCGUGAAGUUGAACGUGCACCGGACCGUGCGACAGACAAUGUUCUCAAUCUACUGAAAGCGACGGCUUUGAGACUAAGAAUGCAUUUGACGCUGGUUGAAGCGUGCAAGAAAGAGUACUUGGAUCUGCGCGCGUUCUGGAAGCGUGCACAGACAGCUGGUAUCGUAGCAGCAAUCGGUUUCACGGCAUUCUAUUUGAUCCGAACGGUGGGCACACGGACUCCCUUGGAGGCGCUUACUGCGGAAGACUUGGUACAGACCGUACAAAUGCCAGCAGCUUCGUCUCCAGCGUCUAGCGCAACCUCUAUCAAGCCUUCUGGUCCUACAUGGGAAACGAACUGGUUAAAACAAGUGGCGCACUCGCGCUCGCAGUUCAAGUUCAGCACGUUCUGCAAGAUCGUGCUGUCAUGCUGCGCAUCGAACUUAGCGCUCUGGAAAGCGUCAGUACUGAACUUGGAGUUCAAGCGUAAGAGCGUUCUGCAGUGGCUGCCCCACACGUUCCAGCGCGUGUACGGUCCAUUCCUCUGCAAGUCUGAUCGUGCACAUGCUGAAAUUAUGACGCAGUGGGAUGUCGUUGAGCCAGGUCUUAAGCUGGCUCUAUCGUCGACAGAGCUGGAGGCGUUUCCCACAAUGGAGGCGAUGCACAAGACGUUUUUGGACGAUGUCCUGAAUUUGCACGUGCCGCGACUCGAUCGUUGUGUGCGCGAUCGCUCAGGCGAUGACCACGUUUAUCUUCGUUUCAAGCAUCGUAUGAACUUUGUGUCAAGCCCAUCUGGAGCACCGACUUCAUCUGCAGCGGAGUUAACGUGA